AUGCCAGAAGACUCACCUAAAGAUGGCUCUUCGAGCAAUAUUCUGCAAAGCAAUACAACACGAAGGCUUCUAGAUGCAGCCAGUGAAAAUGCGGUCGGGUUUUCUGACGGCAAAAGUUCAUGGGCCGAUGCAAUAUUUACGCAAGCGCAAAGCUUUUUCGAUGAAGAAAAUGGCUCUGCGUAUGCGAAUGAAGAGAUCAUUAGCAUAGGGAGAUUGGCUUUGCAAAGCUUUCUCCAGGCAAACGUGACCGGGCCACGGCUUGACUGGGAUCCAGAGGACCUAUUCUAUCCCAGAUUGGGGUCAUCACUAGUCACAAAGGAAAGUCUACAGUCCCACUUGAGAUUAUAUCUGAAUGUCGAUGGCGAAAGUGUAUACCGCUUACUUCCUUACAUUGAGCUUUUUGCAUUUUCCAAGCAUCUCCUGAAUUUGCCUUUUCUUGAGCAAUCUAACGACCUUUUACGAUGGCGGUUGCGAGCCAAUACAUGGCAUCAACGGCUCCUGAGUGAGAUAACUGCAAGCCUGCAAAAUGAUAUCUACAGAGAUAUUCAAUUACUUCGGGAAGAUGUAAGUGCAGAAGUGUUGAUCGAACGAGCGAACAUUCACAUCCUACACGGCCAAGAUGUGAAAGCGCGCAAUGACUUGGAAAGGGCUACCCGGCAACGGCAUUUCAAAUAUGCUCUGACAGGACGCAUGGGAAAGCGGACUCAAUUUCAAGUAAAAGAACUGAGCCAAUUAGUCGUCUUAGCCAAAACCAACACAGACUUUGAAAGAAAUGAGGAUGAUUUAGCGUCUAACCGAACCAACGGAAGUGUACCAUCAGCGGUUCAACUCAAUGAUGAUACUUUGCUAGAGGGUAUUUUAUUCAGAAGUACUGCUGAGCAGACAGAUACACUAGUAGCGGAUGAAGAUUUACCUGCCUCUCUAGCCUCACUGAACCCUGCCGAACAGCCUAUCCUUGGUCCUCUCGACAGCGCAAUUUUGCUUUCCACUGCAUCUUCAAUCAUAAGCACGUCACCGCAAGAUGAGCUCACGCGGGAGCAGACUGUUCCCUAUGCUGACAGAGUAAUCACUGGGGGUAGCUCAAAUUGGCAGGUCUACACGCAAGCACUUCUCGUCCGCAGUCGAAUUGAAGGGUAUCGAUCACGUACUGCUGAGCGAGGUGUACUGCAACUACAGGCUUUGGUGGAUCAAGUCAUUGCAGACACAGCAUCCUCGAAUGCGGCCAUCGAGCAGGAGACGACAAAUUCUGACAGAGACCCGACCAGCACUUUUCUCCCACGGCCGAAUGCUGCGGAAUCUGCACCUGCGCACGAACGGCUCAGAUACAUCCAUGUCCUUGCGACACCACCCCGAUGGAAGCUUGAAGCUGAGCUGGCGGAUCGAUGGGUUUCUCUUGGUGCCCUGCGGACCGCUCUAGAGAUCUACGAACGGCUGCAGAUGUGGGCGGAAGUUGCGCUGUGCUGGGCAGCCAAUGAUCGAGAAGACAAAGCAAAGUCAAUAAUUCGUCAGCAACUUUACAACCAAGAGGACUCUGGGUCUCCUGAGACCUCCGAUUCAUUCAAUCUUGAGAAGCAGGUUCUUCCUGCUGAUGCUCCACGUCUUUUCUGUAUUCUCGGCGAUCUCGAAAAGUCAGAGACCCUUUACGAGAGAGCUUGGGAAGUCUCCAACAGGAGAUACGCUCGCGCUCAACGAUCUCUAGGGAAGUGGUUCCUUGCAAAGGGCGACUUCACCAACGCCGACCGCGCCUACGAGCAAUCUCUCACCAUCAAUCCGCAGAAUCAAGGAACAUGGUUCGCACUCGGCUGCGUCCGGCUCCAGCUCGAAGCAUGGCAAGCAGCCGCCGACGCCUUCAGCCGUGCCAUCCAGAUCGACGACAAAGACGCAGAAUCAUGGAGCAACCUUGCCAUUGCACUUUUGAAACUUUCCGAUUCCGCGGGACAAGAAAUGGCGAGCGAGGAAAGGCAGAAGCGAGCACGAGAAUCUUUCGUUGCUCUCAAGCAGGCAGCAAUCCUCAAAAGAGACUCCUUCCGCAUCUGGCAGAACCUGCUCAGUAUUGCCAUCAAGAUCGAGCCGCCACCGUACAGUGACAUUAUCGUUGCUCAAACCCGACUCAUAGAUCUCUUAGGCGCCAAGGAAGGUGAGCAGUGUGUUGAUGUCGCGGUGAUGGAGGCCCUCCUGGCCGACCUAAUCAGGAUGGAUCAAGGAACGAAUUCAGCAUCUGAAUCGGCGACGAACGAGUCAGCUCCAAGAAAGGGCUUGGAAAAAAUGUUCAUCGAUCUCGUGCAAAAGAAGAUCACACCUUUGAUUACCUCCUCCCGUCGUCUCUGGCUCCUGACAGCUAAACUAGCCAUUCAUCUUCAGAAACCUCAAGCUGCUCUCACGGCCUAUGAGAAAGCUUGGAGAAGUCAGCUCAAUAAGCCUGGUUGGGACUCUGCAGUGGGAAAGGAGUCGAGAGCGCUGUGGGAGGACGUUGCAGAAUCUACCAUUGACCUGAUUGAUGCGUACGAAAGCUUAGGGGAGCAGAAGAGGGAGGCGGGCAUGGGCGAGGGCGAACUCGUAGCGAAAGACUGGAGAUUCAAAGCUAGGAGUGCAGCGAGAUCUGUGCUUGCUAGAGCCAAGGAUUCACGGGAAGACGAGGAAGGGUAUGAGCUAUUGAGUGCAAAAUUGAAAAAAUUGAAGGCUGGCUAG